AUCAGCUCCGCUGCCGCCACAGGAGGCUCCUUCUGUGGUUGUCUGAAUGCUCCCCAUCUGCCGUGGGUUGGAGGUGCCUGGAAAAGGCGGAGAAAUGGCACAAAAGAAGUAUUUAAUAGCAAAACUGACAAGCUUCUUAAGAGAGGACAAAAUUCAGCUCUGGAAACCACCAUAUACCAAUGAAAAAAAAGAAGCUGGCAAGGAGAUGAAGGAGCUUGUACAAAAAUACUCAUCCAAGCUGAAUAUCAAUGAGACCGAGACAGAGAAUAUGCUGGAAGAAAUACGAUGCAAAGCGAUUGAGCGUGGAACGGGAAAUGAACACUUUAAAGUGACUGGAAUUGCAAGGCUUGAUAUGUAUCUGCCUCGGAGAAAGAGCAGAAAACUACUGGAAACUAACCUGUUCAUCACAGGCAAGGAGCUCAGAUCACAGAUAGCACAGGAACAUGCAUUAAAAGAAAAUGCUCUCAAAAUAAUAAUAAAUAAGAAGCAGCUUGACCUGGGCAAAACCCUUCAAGACCAGGGUGUAACACACAAUGCAAAGGUGAUGGUACUUCAACUGGAACAGAGUGAUGAAGAAACUAAAAGAAAAGUUCAGGAAGAGGAACUUCAGUGCAAGAAAGAGAAAGAAAUAAAUGACAAGAUGCAAAGAACUAAGAAGGGUUUGGAGAUUCUGUCAGAGAGAGAGGAGUACUUGGAUCCAGAUUCUUAUCCCUAUUUAGACAUAGCUAACCAGACUGGAAGGUCCAUUGAGAUUCCUCCUCAAGCUAAAAAAGCACUUGUGCUGGCAAUGGGUUAUCAUGAGAAGGGCAGGGCGUUAAUGAAGAAGAAAGAAUAUGAAAUAGCACUGCCCUAUUUGUUGGAUGCUGAUAAACACUUCUGUGAGUGUAGCACAGAACUGCUGAACACUGUUGAUAACUAUGCAGUGCUGCAGCUGGAUAUAGUGUGGUGCUACUUCCGCCUGGAGCAGCUGGACUGCCUGGAUGACGCAGAGAAAAAGCUGUCCACAGCUCAUAGAUGCUUCCAGAGGUGCUAUGGAGAGAACCAUGAAAGACUUAUUGAUAUCAAAGGAAGCUAUGGUCGUGAGAAGGUUUUAUUUCUGCGGCUUUACCUCCUUCAAGGGAUAGGACAUUAUCACAGUGGCAGAGAAAAGGAGGCUGCUGAUUAUAUUCAGAAGGCUUCUCGUCUGCAUGGAGAGCUCUCCAUAGAUCCUGAUAAAGUUGAGCGCCUGUCACUCCUGGGAUUCUCGGAGCAGGAAGCUCGCCUUGCCCUGCGAGCGUGCCAUGGGGAUGUGGAGCAUGCUGCCAAUCUUAUCACCAACAGGAGAGAGGAAAAGGCACAGAUAAGGAGGGAGGAGAGAGCUAAGAGGCGGCAGCGAAUGGAAGACAUAAAUACCUUGAAGAGCAUGGGCUACUCAGAGAGAGCUGCUCAGAUGGCUCUGCAUUAUACACAGGGAAACCUGGACCAAGCCUUUAAGUUUAUUCUUGACAAUCCUGAGUUACUGUUGGAAGAUGAUGAUGAUGAUCCUGUAGCCACGAACCAGUUUCAGGUUUCCCAGGAAAGCAUUGACCAACUGGUGUAUAUGGGUUUCAGUCGUGAGUCAGCAGAGCAAGCUUUGAAGGUCUUUAAAGGCAACAUCCACUUAGCUUCCCAAAUCCUUGUUCAUUAUGGGGGAGUUCUUCCUGCUUCACUCCUGCUGUCUCCAGAAGGGUCCAGUUCAUCAGAAGAAUCAACUUCAUCCAAAGAUUCACCUACAGAGUCUGCAGGCUCUUCAAGUUCACCAACAGAUGAAGACAUGGAGACUGAUGCAGUCAAUGAAAUCAUAGAGGAUAUUCCUGAACAUGAAGAGGAUUAUCUGGAUUUAACACUGGAGGAAGAAGAACAGAUCAUUCAGGAGUACUUAUCCUAUAUACAAGUACCACAGCAUUAAAUCCCAUUACAUCUACUUCAGUUACAUGUAUUUACCUUGAGAAAAUGAGUCUGGAUUAUAAAUGCACCUUCAGCUUAUCUCUUACUAAAUGCCUUGAAUUCAGUUAAACUAGGGAUGGCACACUUAAUUCCUGCUUAUUUAUAAAUCUGCUUAAAGCCUACAUUUGUGAUACAUUGUAAUUUAUUGUCAGAGCAGAAAAAUAGAAACAUUUAUUUUCAGAAGAAAAUUUAAUAGAACUAAACUAUAUUUUUAUUGUGAAAUAAGUUAACUCACUUAGUACUCAAGUGAAGAAGCAUUUCUAUACCAUUGGAAAAUACCAGCUUUAAAGAAAAGGUGAGUUUGUAAAGCCUAGCUCAUGAGCUUGCACAGGUAUCAGCUGCCCAACUGUUCUUUUUUUCUUCUGAAAGAUUUCUGAGAGACAUCCUGUAUCUACUGUGCAUGGGUUUGUCCUGUGUUCUGCUUGUCACUCCCUGCAGGCCUUACACAGCCAUUAAAGGUAACUGUGCAGA